AUGAUCACCUCGGAGCUCCCUGUCCUACAGGACUCAUCCAAUGAGUCUGGGGCAACAGACGCAGUGGGCUUAAGUAUGAGCAUGAGUGAGAUUGAAGAUCCAGAGGUGAAAGGCAAGAAGAAGAGAGGGAGGCCUGGAAAACAAGCCCCGACAACCAAUAAAAAGCCUCGGAAGACACCGGCAGAAAAAGCUGUGGGCGUAGCAAGAGGGCGCGGGAAAGCCAACGGUGUGGCUCAACAUAACGGAGACGGCGGAGACCCCGUCACUCUGUUUGAAGUGGUCAAACUCGGCAAGAGUGCCAUGCAGUCUGUGGUGGAUGAGUGGAUUGAGUCGUAUAAACAGGACAGAGACUUGGCGCUGCUGGACCUCAUCAAUUUUUUCAUCCAGUGCUCAGGGUGCAAAGGCACCGUGAGGAUUGAGAUGUUCAGGAACAUGCAGAACGCAGAGAUCAUCCGCAAGAUGACCGAAGAGUUUGAUGAGGACAGCGGCGAUUAUCCUCUCACCAUGCCAGGGCCCUUGUGGAAGAAGUUCCGCUACAACUUCUGCGAGUUUAUCAGCGUUUUGAUCCGCCAGUGUCAGUACAGCAUCAUCUACGACGAGUACAUGAUGGACACGGUGAUCUCCCUCCUCACCGGGCUCUCGGACUCUCAAGUGCGAGCCUUCAGACACACCUCCACAUUAGCAGCGAUGAAGCUGAUGACAGCGCUGGUGAACGUGGCGCUGAACCUGAGCAUUCACCAGGACAACACCCAGAGACAGUACGAGGCCGAGAGGAACAAGAUAGCCGGCAAACGAGCCAACGAGAAGCUGGAGCUGCUGCUGCAGAAGAGGAAGGAGCUUCAGGAAAACCAAGAUGAAAUAGAGAAUAUGAUGAACUCCAUUUUCAAGGGAAUCUUUGUGCAUCGCUACAGGGAUGCAAUUGCUGAAAUCCGAGCCAUCUGUAUCGAGGAGAUAGGAGUGUGGAUGAAGAUGUACAGCGAUGCUUUUCUUAAUGAUAGUUACCUGAAAUAUGUUGGCUGGACACUACACGAUAGGCAAGGAGAGGUGCGUCUGAAGUGCCUGAAGGCUCUGCAGAACCUGUACACAAACCGAGAACUGUUCCCCAAGUUAGAGCUGUUCACUAACCGCUUCAAGGACCGUAUCGUAUCGAUGACUCUGGAUAAGGAGUACGAUGUGGCUGUGGAGGCCAUCCGACUGGUCACACUCAUCCUGCAGGGCAGUGAAGACGCCUUGUCCAAUGAGGACUGUGAGAAUGUGUACCACCUGGUUUACUCUGCCCACCGACCGGUGGCAGUUGCUGCUGGAGAGUUCCUGCACAGGAAAUUGUUCAGUCGUCAUGACCCACAGGCAGAGGAAGCGCUGGCUAAGCGCCGAGGGAGGAGCAGUCCCAACGGGAAUCUCAUCCGCAUGCUGGUGCUCUUCUUUCUGGAGAGUGAGCUCCACGAGCAUGCAGCCUACCUAGUGGACUCAUUGUGGGAAAGCUCUCAGGAGCUGCUGAAAGACUGGGAGUGUAUGACUGAACUUCUGCUGGAGGAGGCUGUGCAGGGAGAGGAGGUGUUGUCAGACAGACAGGAGAGUGCUCUGAUAGAGCUGAUGGUGUGCACCAUCCGACAGGCAGCAGAGGCGCACCCACCUGUUGGCAGAGGCACCGGCAAACGGGUGCUGACAGCAAAGGAGAGGAAGACCCAGAUAGACGAUAAGAACAAACUGACAGAGCACUUCAUCAUGGCUCUGCCCAUGCUUCUGUCCAAGUACCAGGCCGACUCGGAGAAGGUAGCCAACCUGCUGCAGAUCCCUCAGUUCUUUGACCUGGACGUGUACAGCGCGGGGCGCAUGGAGAAGCACCUGGACGCCUUGCUGAAGCAGAUCCGGCUGGUGGUGGAUAAGCACAUUGAGAUGGAUGUCCUCGAGGCCUGCAGUAAGACCUACAGCAUCCUGUGCUCCGAGGAGUACACCAUCAUGAACCGCGUGGACAUCGCCCGCUCCCAGCUCAUCGACGAGAUGACUGAUCGCUUCGCUCACUCCGUGGAGGAGCUGCUGCAGGAGGCUGAGGAGGCCGAUGACGACGAUAUCUACAAUGUUUUAUCCAUGCUCAAGAGACUCACGGCCUUUCACAAUGCGCACGACCUGACACGGUGGGAUUUAUUUGGGAGCUGCUACCGGCUGCUGAAGGCGGGCAUCGAGCAGGGCUCCAUGCCAGAGCAGAUAGCCGUCCAGGCCCUGCAGUGCUCCCACUACUCCGUCCUCUGGCAGCUGGUCAAGAUCACGGAGGGGGCUCCCAGCAAGGAUGACCUGGUGGCUCUCAGGAGAGUGGUAAAGUCCUUCCUGGCUGUGUGCCAGCAGUGCCUGUCCAACGUCAACACACCAGUCAAAGAACAGGCGUUCAUGCUUCUCUGCGACCUGCUGAUGAUCUUCAGUCACCAGCUGGUCUCCGGCGGCAGGGAGGGCCUCCAGCCGCUGGUCUUCAACCCAGACAGCACUCUGCAGAACGAGCUGCUCAACUUCGUCCUGGACCACGUCUUCAUCGACCAGGAUGACGAGAGUCAGAGCAUGGAGGGAGACGAGGAAGACGAGGCCAACAAGAUUGAGGCUCUACACAAAAGGAGAAAUCUACUCGCGGCUUUCUGCAAACUCAUCAUCUACGACAUCGUGGACAUGCCCGCCGCUGCCGACAUCUUCAAACACUACAUGAAGUAUUAUAAUGAUUAUGGCGACAUCAUCAAGGAGACCCUGAGUAAAACCAGACAGACGGACAAGAUUCUCUGUGCCAAGACGCUCAUCCUCAGUCUGCAGCAGCUGUUCAACGAGCUGCUGCAGGACCAGGGGCCCAACUUGGACCGAACGUCGUCUCACGUCAGCGGCAUCAAGGAGCUGGCCCGCCGCUUUGCCCUCACCUUCGGCCUGGAUCAGAUCAAGACCAGGGAGGCUGUCGCCACGCUGCACAAGGAUGGCAUAGAGUUUGCAUUUAAAUACCAGAAUCCUCGAGGACCAGAGUUUCCUCCUAUCAACCUGGCCUUCCUGGAGGUUCUGAGUGAAUUUUCCUCCAAACUAAUCCGCCAAGACAAAAAGACAGUCCACUCGUACCUGGAGAAGUUCAUGUCCGAGUCGAUGUCGGAGCGUCGGGAGGACGUGUGGCUGCCGCUGAUCUCCUACAGGAACAGCCUGCUGACGGGGGGAGACGAGGACCACAUGUCUGUCACAUCGGGCUCCAGCAGCAAGGCCGGCUCCGUCCGCAGCAAGAAGGGACGGCCGCCGCUACACAAGAAACGCAUCGAGGAAGAGAGUAGUGUCGAGGGCUUGUGGAUGUUGCGUAAUGACACUCUUCAGACACCGGGAGCGCUGCAGACUCCUCAGCUCACCUCAACAGUCCUCCGAGAGAACAGACCAGCAGAACACAUGCCCGACCCGGACUCGGAACCCGGAUCAGAGAACGACUUCGUACACAAUCCUCAGAUGCAGAUGUCGUGGCUCGGCCAGCAGAAGAUGGAGGAGGUGAACCGGAAGGACCGGACGGGCAUGAACUACAUCAAGGCACGCAGCAACCAGGGCGUCCGGCAGACUGUACGUGGGUUGAUGGAGGAUGACGCUGAGCCCAUCUUCGAGGACGUGAUGAUGUCAUCGCGGGGCCAGCUGGAAGACAUGAACGAGGAGUUUGAAGACACUAUGGUGAUCGACCUGCCGCCAUCGAGGAACAGACGUGAAAGAGCAGAAUUAAGACCAGACUUCUUUGACUCUGCAGCAAUGAUUGAGGACGAGUCGGGUUUCAGCAUGCCCAUGUUCUAAUCUGGGAGGAGGCAAAGAUCCCGAUCAGGUCAGAUCAGGAUCCACAUUAGGAUUAAACAGAAAUGGGGGGGGGUGGGGGGGCGGGGUGGGAUUUGGGACAUCUAACCCAGAUAACCUGCCAAUCAAACUCUUAAGAAGAAGAAGAAGAAGAAGAAGAAGAAGAAGAAGAAGAAGAAAAAAAACAUUGUCAAGGUACUUUUCUCUCUCUAUAAGACAUGAUUGAAGGAUGUGUGUCAAGUGGAUCUACUGAUGGAUCCCUCAUUGGCUGGAUCUCACCUAGAAGUGUGGAACGAGGGAUCGGCUCUGUUCUUUCAGGCGGGCCGCAGGGUCCAGGAUAUUCUGCAAAGUCUAGUCCGGAUUAUUCAAGAUCUUCGUCUUGCUCCAAAUCUUCCUCCUCCCCCUCAUUUCCAGCCUGUUGGUUUAGCCUCGCUAGCGGUAGCUCGGAUGGCGCUCCGCCUGAGUAAUCCUACUGCCGGGCCGAUGAGCACUCACAGUUUUUACGGUUCCCUGUUACACAGAUGUACAGUUGUUUGGUUCCGCUCCCGUUUCAACAGAACAGAGCAGCGUAACACUCUGUACAGCCCCCCCCCCCCCUCUCACUCUCCUUCUUUUGGUGUCGCACUUUGAUCCGUCUGGUUAAAUCCAACAUAGAGAGGAUCUCAAAUACUAAGUGUUCUAUAUCUUUGCUCUUAUUAGCAUCCACCAACGCCUCUCCUCUCUCUGUUCACCAUCUGAGUCUGUGCUGGUGCUGGUGUGUGAUGUGUGUUGUGUGUGUGUGUGUGUGUGUGUGCGUGCGUGCGUGUGUGUGUGAUGUGUGUGUGUAUAAAGUUGUGGUGAUGAUGGUUGAGUAGUCGCACAUGCACACUGAGGUCAACAGCUGAAGACCUGGUGGAAGUGGUGUAACUGUCUUGUGUGUGAUGUCAAAGCAAAAGCGAACCCCCCCACACCCCCUUAAACCCAUCUCAGACAGAAGCCUCCACCUUCUCAGAUCUCGGAAACAUUCUGCACUCACACACUCACACACACCCCCUUGAAUUACGGCUUUUUGAAGUUAAAAGGUUUUUAAAAAAAAAAAAAAGACAAUAAACAUUUUGAAUUCUGUAGCUUUAGUACUAAAGUUUUAAAUCCAGUGUGUUUUUUGUUUUUGUCUGUUUGUACAGCUUUUUCUUGAAUAUGUAUCUUGUUUGUUGCCAAAUUGUGGCCUACAUACUUACAGUAUAUUCCAGCCCCUUCCCUUCCACCUGUAACUCAUAUCUAACGGUUACCAAGCUCAGAUUGUUGCUGUGGGAUGCCAGUUUUUAAGCGCUGUAUGGUCUGAUUGUAAUCGUUUCACAGUUUAGUAUUACAGCAGGUUAUCUGUUAGGUUUGUUCAUUUUACAGUUCAAAUCAAGUAACGUUUUUACACCCGCCUUCAGUGUUAACUGAUCCAAGUUUUAAGAUUUGUUGUUAUCAUUGUUCAAAUCCAGUGCAGUGAUGGAUUUCUGUGUCUAACAGAUUUGUUUGAAUGUGUUUUUGAAUGUUUCCAGCCAUAUCGUUGUUCACCCACCGUCGGUUAAUCAAUCAUUUACCUUUUCCUUGGCUGGCUUGGCAGUCCUCCUGUAAAUAUCAGAGACAAUUGGAUCUUUUCUGCAGUGCAGUUGACAUCUGUUGCCCUUAAAUGCUCUAAAAGCCUGUUAUGUUUUUUUGUUUUUUUCUGUGAACCCAAAUUCUUUUUAAUAAAAUAAAAUCUGUAAUCGAUU